AUGCAGACCUGGGGGCCAGGUAAAGGUAACACCGAGAUGCAGACCUGGGGGCCAGGUAAAGGUAACACCGAGAUGCAGACCUGGGGGUCCGGUAAAGACCUGGGGCCCAGUAAAGGUAACACCGAGAUGCAGACCUGGGGGUCCGGUAAAGGUAACACCGAGAUACAGACCUGGGGGUCCGGUAAAGGUAACACCGAUAUGCAGACCUGGGGGUCCGGUAAAGGUAACACCGAGAUGCAGACCUGGGGGCCAGGUAAAGGUAACACCGAGAUGCAGACCUGGGGGUCCGAUAAAGGUAACACCGAGAUGCAGACCCGGGGCCCGUAA